AUGACCGGAAGUGGCGACGUGGACUGUAAUGAUGUGGCAAAACUCCAAAAUCUUUUAUAUUUAACUAUUACAGUUUUACACAGGUACAAGCUGAAAACGUCUCCUGACCACGAAUGGGGGAUUUUAGCAAAUGGAAAAUGGACAGGAAUGAUGGGAAUGCUGAUUCGAAACGAGGCUGACGUUGCUUUGGGCCCUUUCGCACUAAAUUAUGACCGAUACAAAGCGGUGGAAGUUACAACACCAGUGAUCAUGAGUCAUACUGCUAUUUUGGUGAACUAUCAGAAACCAAAACCAGAUGCAUACUCAUACAUUUACGCUUUGAACUGGGAGAGGGUGAUUCGGGCCUUUUGGUGGAUGACUUUGAUUGUACUAAUGCAAAGCUUCAGUGGACAGUUGCUGGCUACGCUAGUUUUAAAUAAUGAUGCUCAAAUAGAUGACUUGAAUGAGUUAGAUAGGCUUAACAUUUUACCUGUUGUGGAAAAAGGUUCACAUGAACACUCAGUCUUCAAGACUGAUAACGGUACACUCUAUAGAAGACUCUACAUGAAAAUGUUGGAACAAACAAGCUUGUCUUUUAUUCCACCUAAGAACUUAACAGCGGAUUCUAUUCUUGACUUGAUAAAGCAAGGAAAGAUUGCUCUAGUCAAUGACAUGCUGACACUCAAAGCUGCUUUGGCCAAAAGGUUUAACAGUAACCGUGCCUGCGGUUUUUACAUCGCGAAAGAAAGAUUUUCGACAAAUACGUUCGUAAUGGUUUUACGAAAAGGUUUGUCAGCCUCAUUUUACCAGGAAGUUAACAAACGUGUGCUACAUAUUGUAGAGAGCGGUAUUGUUGCAGACAGUAUUGAAGGCAACGUGAAAGACUACGCCAAAUGUCUUGGAACAGAACCUGACCUAAAGCCUCUUUCUGUUGAAGAUCUUCGAGGAAUAUUCAUAUUGUUGGGUUGUGGAUUUUUGAUAAGCGGAACUAUUUUUGUGGUUGAACUGAUCCACCAUUUACGACACAGAAAAUGA